UUGGUGCUGUGAUUUAUAAACGAAAUUAAACUUAGUGUUGACAAACAGUUUCUUGAAAUAAGUGGCAAAAUAAUCCUCCAAUAAUUCAUUGAUUCCUUGCAUUUAUUGAUUACUUGCAGUUAGAAUUGAAUCUUAGCAGUCACAAUGUUCCUCGUAACACUUGGGCUCCUACUAGCAGCCAUUUUUAUUAUCCAUCAAUACAUAUAUGGAUACUGGAAGCGCCGUGGAAUUCCAUAUAUCAAACCACACUUAAUUUACGGAAAUUUGAAAGGUUUCGUCAACCGGAAUGAAUCGUUCGCACUUUCAGCAGCAAAUUUGUAUUACAAAUCGGAAGAACCCGCUGUAGGUGUUUAUUUAUUCUUCCGACCUGCAAUUUUAAUCCGUGAUGCUGACUUGGCAAAGAAGGUUCUGGUUACCGACUUCCAAAAUUUUUAUGAUCGUGGCGUACAUUCAAAUGAAGAAAGCAGUCCUGUAUCUGCGAACCUCUUCAGUUUAGAAGGGAAAAAUUGGAAAGAUUUGCGAGCGAAUCUCACUCCAACAUUUACAUCGGGCAAGUUAAAGAAGAUGAUGCCAGAAAUCGAAUUGGUUGGAAAUAGAAUGGAAGAAUAUUUGGAAAACUUAAUAGAAAGCGGUCAUAGUAUUAUUGAUAUGGACGAAGUGGCAACCAAAUACACCAACGAUGUCAUUGUUUCCAUAUUUUUUGGAUUAGACGUGGAUAGCUUCAAAGACAAUGCCAAUAUAUUUGCCCAGUGUAGAGACCAAAUCAAUUCGAAAGAUUUCAUGAUCAAUUUGACAAUGGCGACCGUGUUCCUCUAUCCAAAACUUUUCGAUUUUCUCAAGCUCUAUAGAUUCAGCAACAAAUUUAUGAAUAUGAUGGGGGAUAUUAUCCAGAAAACAAUUCAAAAUCGAGAAGAAAACAACAUCCAAAGGAAUGAUUUUUUGCAAAUGUUGAUGCAGCUUCAAAAAACAGGGGAACUGGAAGGGGAAGAAAAUGGUCUUAGUCCAAUUAGCCGCAAGAAAGUUAAACUUACAAUGAACCAGAUUGUCGCGCAGACACUUCUUUUCUUCAUUGCCGGCUCUGACACUACAGCGAUUACCAUAGCUUGUUGCUUGCACGAACUAACCCAGAACGAAGAAGUUAUGCAGAAAUUGAAAGAAGAUAUUAAUAAAGCACUAGAGAAACACAACGGAGUCAUCUGUUAUGAUUCUAUCCAAGAAAUGGAAUAUUUAGAUAUGGUCAUUCAAGAAGCUGCUCGCAAAUACCCAGCAUUGCCUGUUCUUAAUCGGAAAUGCACCAAACCUUUUAAGAUCCCUAACAGUGAUAUUGUCAUCGAGGAAGACACUCAACUAAUAAUAUCCAUCUUAGGAUUCCAUAGAGAUCCAAAGUACUUCCCGGAUCCAAUGAAGUUCGAACCAGAACGAUUCCGUGAAGGCAGCGAAAGAUAUAAUGCGAAUGCCUACAUCCCAUUCGGAGAUGGACCACGGACAUGUAUUGGGAUGAGACAGGCCAAAAUCAGCGCCAAGGUAGCCGUGGUUCGAUUGCUGACUAAAUUUCAGUUGACUGCACUGGAAAAGCGAGAAAUUGUGUUUGAUAACUACGCAACGUCUUUGAAGGCAAAAGGUGGAAUUAAACUGAAAAUAUCCAAAAACAUUCAUUAAUCCUGAUUCUGUCUUCAAUAAAGUGUUGAUUAUGCUCUUCGUGUAAUUUCAAAUAGUAACUCCUUUGAAAUGAAACAAUAAAUCUCUUAGUCAGUCAA